AUGGCGCAUUCGUUCCCCUCAUCCCAGACCUCCCUAACCGGCUACCUUCCUGGUGCCCUUCAACCCCUCCAGGAGCCUUCACCUCUCUCCGCAUACUCUCUCCUGGGGCCUGGUCAGUACCCCGAGAGUGUCGCCCUCUGGCACAACCCCUCGCCGCAAGCCCCGCCGCAAGCCCUCCCGCGACCCCCUCCUUCGGCUGCCUCACAACCCGCUCUCGCCGUCCCCGCCCCGCCCUCCUACCCGUCGGCACCGAAGCCCGAUCAGAAGAAGCACAAGCGCACCCGAAGCGGCUGCUUCACCUGUCGCUCGCGUCGCAUCAAAUGCGACGAGUCUCGUCCCGUCUGCGAUCGAUGCCGCAAAGGAAAUCGCGAGUGCGUCUACCCGGCCCCAGGCUCGACCGGCGCCGCCUCCAAGUCGGCAUCUCGCUCCGGUGUCAAGUCCAAGUCCGCUCGACCGCAAUCGCAUGGCAGUGACUCGUCCGGUCUGGUGGAACCGGAAGAUGUGCGCGCCUUAGAGACCAUCGCCGACGAAGAGGAGGAAGAGGACGGGAGCGUGGCAUCCAGCUCGCGGCUCUCGCCCUCCAUGGGCUCUGGGGGCGCCCGUCAGAAAGCCGGACUUCCUAGGAAACUCAGCACUCAGUCCCUGAGAAAACGUCAGAUCAAACAACAACCCACGCCCGCGCCGACAGCAUCCGACACACCAGGAUCGGUGAAAGAAGCCAGUAGUUCGCCCUCGACCGAGGCGUCGUCGAGAUUCGAGUCGACCAGUGCACGGUCGGCCAGUAUCAGCCUCUUCCCCACCGAUGCCUUCGGCUUCCCCAGUACCGCCCAUUUACCCGAUGAUCUGCAAUUCUACCUCUCGUUCUAUCAGGAAUCCUUGACAUAUCGACAUUUCUUCCUGCGCGCCGGGAGUACUCAUUUCGUCCACCAUAGUAUAAUCGAGCUCGCCCUGCAGUAUGAUCCUCUUCUGUAUGCGGUUGUCGGGUUCGCUGCAUAUCAUCAUUGCGUUCAGACCGGCGAAGGAAAGCUCUACACUUUCCUGAAACAUUAUAACACAGCGUUGAAGAUGCUGCGAAAGUCACUCAGCACGGGCGAGGCUCACAGUGAGGCGACCUUGAUCACUGUUCUCGUCCUGACAACCUUUGAGGAAUUCGUAGGGGACUGGGUCAAUCUGAUCGAUCACCACCAAGCCGCCCACGCUUUGAUCCGCGAACUCUUAACUCCAGAGUCGAUCUCGACCAACGAACUCCACAACCACAUCUUCCUCUGGUACUCCCGUUUCGACGUGGUUGCCGGCAUCUUGGCCGGCAAUGAAGCGGUACUAGGUCGAGAGUGGUAUCUUGCGAAGGAACAGUACGACGAGCAACAAGCGGCGGCCUAUCCGGACGAUGCAGAGAAGCAGCUCGCCCUGGCUGCGUCGAUCAAUCGCCGAUUCGGUCUGGAAAUGGCAUCAUUAUAUGCAAAACUGUCGCGGCAGAUGAUCCCCAUUGACCAAUUCAUGGUUCAGAACGAACUAUUAGGGCAGAUUAUUGAAAGGAGUCGAGCUAUUUUGGAGCGCUUCACCGACUCGGAGUACACCGUAUGGGAGCACCCUGAUCGGCAACCUCUCACAGAUGACGAUGUGGUCGAUCCAUAUCUCCCCGGUCUCCUGCAUUCUGGGCCGUUGUGGGAUGUCAACGUGGCAUGGAUCGACUACUACUCCACGAAACAGAUGUACAAGUAUCAAUGUCUGCUGUCCGUGAAGCAAUCGUCCCUGGAAGAGCUCGCGGAUCUCUCCAUGCGACAGUGCCAGUUGAUUGAAGCGAUCGCACGGUGGCCCGAGAAAGAAAACGGCUGGAUGUUUUCUUUCAAGAACAGCGUGGGGAUGGUCGCUUUAUUUGGGCCCAAAGAUGAGAAACAUGUGAUGUGGAGUCGGAGGAAGUUUGCGCUGAUGGAGCAAAGCGGAUACGCGAUCGCCCCCAAGUUCCGCGAAGUGCUAGCCACCGUCUUCCAGCUACCCGAACUCAACCACUGGUGGCUGCCCAAUGAUGAAGGAUAUCCGGAGAUCAUUCGAGAGGUGCGCGCGAUGACGGAAGAACGCACCACGAAUCCUCGCGAUAACUUCCGCGAGAGCGUGCGUGACAUGCGGACGUUGUUCUGGAACAUCAGCCUCGAUGACACCGAGAGCGAGAACAGCCCAGCUUCUACGACCGGCACCGGGGGCGACAAUAAUCGGUGA